AAGUGUUCGGCGUCGGUAUAAGUGGGCGUGGCUCCAAGAAAGACCUCGCUCCCGCAGUCUUCGUCAUGGCGGGCACUGGACUUGUAGCUGGGGAGGUAGUGGUGGAUGCGCUGCCGUACUUCGACCAAGGCUACGAAGCGCCCGGCGUGCGGGAGGCGGCCGCGGCGCUGGUGGAGGAGGAGACGCGUAGGUACCGGCCUACCAAGAACUACCUGAGCUACCUCGCCGCCCCUGACUACUCCGCCUUCGAGACCGACAUAAUGAGAAAUGAAUUUGAGAGACUGUCUGCUCGACAACCAAUUGAAUUACUCAGUAUGAAACGAUAUGAACUUCCAGCUCCUUCCUCGGGUCAGAAGAAUGACGUCACUGCAUGGCAGGAAUGUGUCAGUAAUUCCAUGGCGCAGUUAGAGCACCAGGCCGUCCGCAUUGAGAACCUGGAGCUCAUGUCGCAGCACGGCUGCAAUGCCUGGAAAGUGUACAAUGAAAAUCUGGUUCAUAUGAUUGAACAUGCACAGAAAGAGCUUCAGAAAUUAAGGAAACACAUCCAGGAUUUAAACUGGCAGCGAAAGAACAUGCAGCUCACAGCCGGAUCUAAGCUGAGAGAAAUGGAGUCCAAUUGGGUAUCUCUGGUCAGUAAGAAUUAUGAAAUUGAACGGACUAUAGUGCAACUGGAAAAUGAAAUCUAUCAAAUUAAGCAACAGCAUGGAGAGGCAAACAAAGAAAACAUCCGGCAAGACUUCUGAAAAGGGCUGGGGUAUGGCCCAGGUGGUAGAGUGCCUGCCUAGCAAGUGUAAGCCCGGAGUUCAAGCCCCAGCACCAUCACAUUCACACAGACUUGUGAAAAGGCUAACUUGGUAGAAAGGAAGAACCAUUGGGCUUUCACAUGCUGUCAGAGCCUGCUCUUUUUCUCACCUAUGGAAGUGGAGCACAGCUGCUCUCCUGGCACGGAUGGGGACACUGCUGACAGGACUCCUUAAAGACCCCCUAUAAUCUGUGUGCCCUUGGGGUGAUUGUAUUUCUUAGUGAAAUAAAGAUUUUCAACCUGG